AUGGCUAGUGCUAGUUCAUCAACUGAUGUCUCUGACACUAAAUCUGAAGAAAUGCAUCUUGAAAUUUUUUGUCUACUGUGGCUCGAUGCUAGUUCAAGUACCAAAGAAGGACGCGAUACUGAACCAAAAUUACGUUCUAUCAUUAAUCAUCUCAAGAAAUUUCAAGAUGCAGCUCAAUGCCAAAAAUAUAUUCAUGAGCGAUCAACAAAAGAACGAGUAGUCAUGAUUGUUAGUGGAAGAUUAGGAAGAGAAAUCGUUCCUUCUAUUCAUCAGCUUAGACAAGUUAUAUCGAUUUAUGUAUAUUGUAUGGAUAAAGCAGGUAACGAAAAAUGGGCUCGCAACUACAAAAAAAUAAAAGCUGUUGUGACUGAUCUUGAUGAACUUGUUUCUCGAAUCAAAGCCGAUCAUAAAAUUCAAAAGAUGGUUGAAGAACCAUUAUCAAUUAAUAUUUUUACUGCUGGCGGUGGCGCAGGUAGCUCAACAACAGGUUUAAAUGGUAAAUUUGUUUUUUCACAAGUUCUUACUGAUCUUCUUAUCCAACUACAAUGCACUGAAGAUGAUAAAAAAGAACUUAUUGAUCUUUGUAAAAAACAAUAUAAAGGUAAUAAUUACGAAUUGAGUAAUAUUCGUGACUUUCAAGAAGAAUAUUCAUCUGACAAAGUUUUAUGGUGGUAUACACGAGAAUCAUUCUUUUAUAAGACUCUUAAUGCGGUUCUUCGUCGUACUCCAGCAGAUAUUCAUACAAUAUUUCUAUUUCGUAAAUAUAUCGCUGAUAUUCAGAAUCAAUUAAAGAGUCAUCAAACUAAAAAGCGUCUUCGAGUUUAUCGAAGUCAAAUGAUAUCAAAUAAUGAAUUGGAAACUUUAAAACAAAAUUGUGGUAAAUUUAUUUCCAUCAAUUCAUUUUUUUCUACUAGUUUUGAUGAACAGAAAGCUCUAUCAUUUCUCAAGGAUUCUGAUGAUACAGAAAAUUUAGAAGCCAUAUUAUUUCAAAUCGAUGCUGAUCCUAACAUGGCAAUUACAAAACCAUUUGCGGAUAUAACUAAAUUUAGUGAAUUCAAAGAUGAAGCUGAAGUUCUCUUUAUGCUUGGUUCCAUUUUUCGAUUGGAUAGUGUCAAGCGCAGAAAAAAUAGUCAAAUAUGGAUCAUUGAAAUGACAUUGUGUAAUGAUGAAGAACAUGACUUGAAACAAGUUCUUAUCGACAUGAAAGAGCAAUUCAUGAGUGAAGGAAUUAAUCUUCAAACAUUAGCAAAAAUAUUAUGGGAAAUGAGUGAAUUUAACCUGGCUAGAAAAUACUUUAUGCGUUUGUUAGAACAACUUUCGAUCAACGAUCCUUUACGUAUUGAUUUAUAUCAAGAUCUAGGCAAACUUGAAGCAAAUGCCGGUGACCUGGACAAGAGUAUGGAAUGGCGCCGAAAAGCAACUGAAUUGAAAAAACAAAUUCAAUCUACUUCCUCUUCCAGUGUUAGUAAAUCAAAGAAUCCUGUUGGUGAAAAUAUUGAUUUACAACAGGAUAGACGAGUAUGGAAUAUUUUGCAAGAUUUGCAAGAUUUUGAAGAGAUAUCCGUGCCAUUUCGAGGAUACGCUAAAAUGCCACUAGUAUCAUUGAUGGAAGCUGUUACACCACUUAUUUCAAUUUUACCUAAAAUUCAAACUUAUGCUCGUAUGGCGAAACAGCGAUGUGAUUCCAUACCUCCCGAUGAUUUAACACAGGAUGAAUCAGCUUCAAUCAUGCUGUACUCACUGGAAUGGGAACCACAUGACGAAUGUUUAUAUUUUAACCUUAAUGCAACUCUUCGCACUGAAGACAGGCAAAAAUUAAAACCAUGGUUCUCGUAUCUGAAACUUAUUCUUACAGCACUCAAAAAACUACCAUCUAUACGAGACCUUGUGUUUCGUGGAGUAAAUUUGGAUCUAAGUAAUCAAUAUACUAAAGGAAAAGAAUUUGUCUGGUGGGGAUUUUCGUCAUGUACAACAUCGAUAGGGGCAGUCGCAGACGGACAACUUCUAAGCAAAGAAGGUGAAAGAACAAUAUUUGCUAUUCAAUGUGAUAGUGGCAAAGACAUUAGUCGUCAUUCGUAUUAUCAAUCAGAAAAAGAAGUUCUUCUUCUGCCUGCUCGACAGUUUAUUGUAGUAGCUUGUUCUCAACCGGCACCAGGUCUUCAUAUGAUUCAAUUAAAAGAAACUAAGUCUCUAAUUUAG